GGUAACCGACGGUGGGGAUGGAAAAACUAGGCGGUACCGAAUACGGAUUGGCCACACUCGGAUCCGCCCAACGCCCAUUUGACCACAAUUCCCGUCCUCGCUUGGCGUUCACUCCUCAGUCUUGUCCCAGACACUACUCAGAGAUGAUCUCCAUGAACGAUCCGUCCGUCGGGAUGAUACCUUUCGACAGCAUUGGCCUUUAUGAGCAACCGAAACCGAGGCUCAUCCUUAAAAUGCCUAGGGUCUUUCCGGACCAAAAGGCGAAAUUCGAGCAGGACGAACUGUUCAGGAGGUUGAGCCGUGAAUCAGAAGUGCGGUAUACGGGAUACAGAGACAGACCUCAGGAAGAAAGGCAGAUAAGGUUCCAAAACGGAUGCCGGGAAGGGCACACAGAAGUGGCGUUCGUUGCGACUGGCACCAACAUCCAACUUGUCUUCUCUCCUAGCGCGAACGGUUAUCACCUACCUGGAAACGGCGAUUGCGAUUUCGACAAGGAACACGGAAAGGUCCACAUCAGGUCUCAGUUCAUCAUGAACGGUGUCUGCGUGAGGUGGAGGGGCUGGAUCGAUCUUGAAAGGCUCGACGGUGUCGGAUGCCUGGAGUACGACGAAGAUAAAGCUAUGCAUGAAGAUUCAAUCCUACGGCAGCAAAUCGAUCGCUACAACCAGAGAUAUAGAGACUUGGAAGAGAAACAGCGGGCAUACCGGGGUCAACAGGACGGCCACGACGUUGAGCUAAGAUUGGGAAACGGAGGACUUCAACAGAGCAGCCAGGGAGGGAGGUGCCACCAACGCCUCUCGCUGCAACAUACAAACAUAUCAUCGAUACCCAGUCCGCAUUUAUUCUCAAAAGUUGAACAAAUGAAUUUCCUUCCUGUACAAAAUAUGACACAAGUUUCUGGAAACAAGUUGAAAGGACGGAAGAAGACGGAAAUGAACCACGGCCACCACAACUAGACUUAAUAUGGUAGAAUUUCCAAACUUAUAUAUUUCUAUGUAGUGUAAAUAUAUUUCCAGUCGGAAUACUUUUUUUCGUUUCUCUGGAAGAGAUUUGAAAAAUUUAUUUGGCGUGAAAAAACAUACAAAAAAACAACAGAUUUCUGUGAUUUUCCCUCAACAUUCCUCUUUCCAGGUUUGUCAACGAAUCAGAUUUCACGAAAUACUCUCAUUGUGCAAUAGACACAAGUAUUUAACGUACUUAUAACUGUCUUCAAUAAAGAAAAAAUUAACAUUUGUAAACGUUUUCUUAAUAUACUGACGUUUUUAAC